AUUAUUAUGAAAAAUUUCUAUAGCAUGUGUUAAUUUCGCUAUGUAUAAUACCCUCCAGAAAUAUAAAAGUGUUCAUACAAGAAUUUAGUAAGUUUAUAUCACAGCUAUAUGCUAUAGGGGUCCGAUCUGUGACAUUUUCUCGGAUAUUGUACCGGUGUCUUGGCAAUAAUGUUGCCAUGUUUCGUGAACAAAUGAUGUCAAAUACAAGAGUUUUCAAUACAAGUUUUGAAUUUUGAUCGUUCAGUUUGUAUGGCAGCUAUAUGCUUUAGACGUCCGAAAUCGGCGGUCCUGACAAAUGAGUCGCUUCUGUGGGAGGAAAGGACAACAUGUACAAAAUUUCAAAAACUUCCAGACUAGGAUGAGGUUCUAGUAUAUAUAGACAGACGGUCAAGCAGAUGUUCAUAGAUAACCCUGUACAAGGUAUGAAAAGGAGAUUGGUUGAAAACAAAAAAAUUUCUAAGCUUUUCCUUAUGACACACGUCAUUACAUACUGCAGCUUUCCACGCAUUCGCCGUUAUUUUCAUUUCCUUUAAAAGAAAUUAUUCAUUAACUCCUUUAACUUCGUCAAAUAGUCCGUUUGCUAAUAAUAAUAUUAAUAUUUAAUAGUUUAGCAAUUAAAUAGGAUGCAGCUAAUGAGACCAAACGCGCAUUCUACGCUAAUGGAAACACACACUCCCACACGCUUACAUCGCCCACACUUGCCCACAACAGUGAAAAUGGUUGAAGAAGCUAUACUCGCGCUAAAUUCCCACCGCGGCUUCUCGUUACAUAAGCUGAAGAAGUACAUUAGCGAGAAAUAUCAGUUAGGAUUGAAUCCACGACGGAAUAACUUGAUUAGAACGCAUUUACGUGCACAAUUGGUCGAUGGGACGCUAAUAAAUGUGUCCGGUAAAGGUUUAACUGGCAGGAUGCGGGUGGCAGCAAAAACGAAGAAAAGUGUCACUAGCAAUACUAUUGCUACCGAAAUGCAACAAAGUGGAGGGCGAAACGGUAGCGCAGAUGCGACAUUCGUUGCAGCUAAACGCAAGAAAGCUGUUGGCAAAACAAAGGGCGCCAACAAGUCAACAAGUGGUUCGCAAGCAAGGACACCACCUAAUAAGAUAGCGCAACCGUUGUUGAUACCAGAUGCACCACAACGCAACUCCAUGACGGGUCACGCUCAUUUGGAGGCUGGCGGAGGAACGCCUUGCUCUUCUGGCGGGCGCGUGGGACGUAAACGAAAGUUGCUGCCACUACCACUGGAGUACAUUGCGCUUUCGCAGGAAUAUUGAGUGGGGAUGUGGGGUUACUGGCAAAACUCAAGCGUGGUAUUUUGAGUUUAAUUGCAGAGUAGCAGAAAAAGAAGUUUAUGGAGUUUAAACUAAAAAUGGAAGAAGUGAUAUAGGAAGAAAUUGUAUUUGGCUUCGUGCAGUAUUACUGUGUAAUACUUUUAAGUGAAGCGUUAUUGUUAAAGUGCCUAUUAAAACUUCAGUGUAAAUAUGUAAAAUAUGUGAAUUUCAUAAUUUAGUUAGAUUUGAAUUUUGUUAGGUAUAACAUUAAUUUUGUUGCUACAUUUUUAUUUUGUUGAAUUAAGCAGGUCUUAUUUAAAUGAGCUAACACUUGUUUAGUGAACUUUUAUUUUUUAUAUUUAUUGGCGUUAAUUAAUAUUACAAUUAAUACGCAUUUAAUACAAAGUACAUACAUUUUAAAUUAAAAUAUUUCGUUUGUUUGUUUUAUUUUCCCAUAGUUCGGCUAACAUUAGGCUACACUAUUCGUUUCAUACUUGUUGUGGAGAUUUUUUCUAUUAAUUUAGAAUAAUUUUACUAGAAAGUAAUAUAUUUUUUGCUCUUGUGAUGAAUCUUCUUGCUAAUGCUGCACUUGGAAAUGAACUGCAUACAAACAAUACUAAAAUAUCUUUUUUUAAUUAAUACUUCUUUAUAUAAGUAUGAAAAUCAUUUCGAAAUCGAAGCAGAUCGAACAUGCUUUUUUU